GUUUCUCUGCAACUCUCUGCUUCCACCACUCACAACUAAACCGAACCAUGUCGUCGUCUUCUUCCAUCUCAUCCUCCCUUCGACUAUUCACUACCAAACUCCCCACCAACUCUUCCUUCGCCCCCAAAACCCUCUCCGCCUUCCCCAAAAACCCAAACUUUACUUCCUUCACUAGACCCUUCACUUUCCAAAGAAUCCCCACCAUAUCCUCCUCCUCCACCUCAUCACCCUCCACUCCUCUCCAGCCAAUCGAAGAACUCCCCCCGAAGCUUCUAGAAAUAGUCAACCUCUUCCAGUCCGUACCUGUCGCCAAAGCCAAGUACGAGGAGCUCCUGUUCUACGGCAAGAACCUUAAACCCCUCGAAGACAAGUACAAGACAAAAGACAACAAGGUCGAAGGUUGUGUCUCGCAGGUUUGGGUCCGGGCCUACCUCGACUCCGACAACAACGUCGUUUUCGAGGCCGAUUCCGACGCCCAAAUCGCCAAGGGUCUCGCGGCUCUGCUCGUCAAGGGGCUUUCGGGUCAACCCGUGGAGGAGGUUUUGAGGGUCCGACCCGACUUCGUGCUCCAUCUUGGGCUUCAGCAGAGCUUGUCACCUGGUAGGAAUAAUGGGUUCUUGAAUAUGCUGAAGUUGAUGCAGAAAAAGGCUAAGCAGUUGAUUAGUGAGUCGGAUACUGUUGAUUUGGGGUUGAAUUCUGAGUUGAGUAGUGUAGAGUUUUCGACUUCGGGUUCGAAAAUCAAUGGUGGAUUGAGCUCUAUUGAAAAUGCUGAGCAAUUGAGUGGCAGUACUGAAAAGAAUUCGAAUUCGGGUUUGAAAAUUGGUGAUGGGAAUAAUGAAGCAAGCUUAGAAGGAAAUGGGGAGGAAUUGGAGGUGGUAGAGAGUGUUUCGAAUGAGGAGGAGUUGAAUUCGGGUGGUUUAGGAGGUAGAGGGAAGAGAAUUAAGGAGGCAUUGGAGAGGGAGCUUAGUCCUGUGGAAUUGGAAGUGGAGGAUAUAUCUUACCAGCACGCCGGGCACGCCGGAGUUAGAGGGAGUGGUGAUGGUGAGACACAUUUCAAUGUGAGAGUUGUGUCGAAGGAGUUUGAAGGGAAGAGCUUGAUCAAGAGGCAUAGGCUCAUUUACGCCUUGUUGCAAGAGGAGUUGGACAGUGGACUACAUGCAUUGUCAAUUGAGGCGAAGACGCCAGCUGAAGUGAAUGCGAAGUGAAGCUGCUGUGGCUCCGGAUUAGAGGUGCUUACUGAUUAGGGGGACACUUCAGAGUAGGACUGUCUAAGAAUGUACCCUCUAUGUAAAAUGCUGCAGUCGGAUUCCUGGGGAGCUAAUAUUUUGGAUGAUUCUAUAGCUGUAGUUUUCUCUGAAGUUUUGAAUCAAUAUGUAA